GUUUUCAGAUUUUUGUUGGUGGCAAAUAAUUUGAAGAUGACAUUUUUUCACCUGUUGAACUGUGCCGCAGUGACCUCGGCUCCCUUCGUUAUCACCUACAAAUGCACUGUGCUGUCCGAAUACAGUAGCUUCUGGAAGUGCGUGCAGGCAGGUGCCUUCUACGUAAUAACUCAGCUACUCAAACUUCUCAUUCUCGCUACAUUUUUCCCUGCAUCUACAGGUGACCCUAUGAUGCCAGCUACAACCAUUGGGGGAGUGUUGAAUAUUGCACGGGCAACUGUGGAUCUCUUGGACCUAGUGGGACUGUACUUUGCAAUGGAGCAGCUGGGAGGGGGCAAAGGAGAGAUUAAGUUCAUGGUCGCGGGAACUGGCUGGGCGGCCGCAGAGGUCAUUCUGGGUAAAUUCAUCCACCUAUGGUUCGGCGCCAGGGGCAUCGAGUUCGACUGGAAGUACAUGCUGCUCUGUCUGGACUCGAACCUCAUCCUGCUGCAACAUAUAGCCACUGCCACUUUCAUCUGGAUGUGGGCCAGACAACACCUUUCCUCCCGUGUGACCUCUUUUGUCAGCAUGGCUCUCCUGAUGACGUCAUACAAACCACUCAUCCUAGAACAUCUCAAGGUUAUCGUCGGCUACAACGACUGGAUGGGACUGAUAAUGAAUGGAGUCAUGACUUGUUCAGUGGCCUUCUCCUGUAUGUACACUUAUGUCACCCUCACAAAAGUAGCAAAUGGUGUUUCGCAUCAGAAGUAAUCACAAGAUCUCAUGAUUGAUAAGAUACAAUGUUAUAUCAUCGGAACUCAACCCUGAAGUAAAGUUGAAGAAUCAGCUUAAUACAGAAACCGGCUAAAAUGGAAUGAACUCUUCUCGGACUCUUAUAGGAGUGCCUUGAGUAAACUUCGCUGAAUAAGUUUGCCUAAACUGUGUUGGUUAUGCAAGUUAAUCUACGAAUGAAAAAUGCUAUACGUUCUAUAUAUUUAUCGAUUAUACGUCCUCAUUUGUACCAUUUUUCACCUUCAGAAUUUUGAGAUUUUCGUGUUAAAUAUUUCAUUAAUUUAUCUUUUUUCGUCCCA